AGCAGGCAUGAGGGAUCAGCAGGCGGGCCGAGGCAGAACCCUGAACAGUCCCCCAGGCCCACCCCGCUGCAGCUCCCACACUCCCUCCCUGUUAAACAGAAACAGAACAAAAACGUUUCCCCAGCACGCGGACAGAGAACAUUGUUUUUCGCCAUGGAAGCUGGGAAAACUGUGCUGUGCAUGGCAGCGUGGAUGUCUGCGUGGAGCAUCACCACUGAAGGUGACAACACGGUUCCUAAAGCAGAAAACGUACGAUGGGUGUCCCUAGACUUCAAAACUGUUCUCAACUGGACAGUCAGACCAUCUGAUUACAGAUACACUGUCCUCUACGCUCUUGAGAAUGGAGACUGGACCGAGAAUCCUGACUGCAGCCAAAUGUCCCACUCUGAAUGCGAUAUGACCAUGCACCUCGUCCCUCUGGACCGAUUCCAUGAAGCUGAUAUCAGAACAGAAGCUCUGUCCCAAGACUAUGACUACAUGGAUGACCUUCCUCACACGUAUUCCUCACGAUUCAACCCCUACAGAGAGAGUAACAUCAGUUCUGUGGAAUUCUCUCUGAAGGAAGUGGAUAUGAGUACAGUAAGCAUCAGCAUCACUGAUCCCAUCACCUCCAUCCAUCAUCAAGGGAAGCAGCUAACCAUCAGAGACAUUCUCAAAAGUGAUCUCAAGUACAAGAUCCUGUACUACAAGUCUGGAAGUACAAGAGAGAGGGAAAUCGUGUCUGACUCCAGUACGGCUACUGUGUCGGGGCUAGAUGCAGGUCAAAGUUACUGCUUCAUGGUGACCGCCUACAUCCCCUCCAGAGCCAAAGCCAAGCAGCACGGAGCCUGGAGCAAACAGCUGUGUAAACAGGGAGACACACAUCUCCUGCAAGCUUUAAGUCCUGGAGCAUGGGCUGGUAUCAUCUUCGUCUCACUCACAGUCAUCAUCAUCACUAUCUCACUGACUGUCUUCUGCUGCCGAAGAAACCACCAAAGAAACACAACCCUCCAAACACCCCAGACUUCAACACCUGUCUAGGAUGUGAGCUAGAAAAAUAUUCUACAGGUGGCGAGAGAGGGCCAUGGACCUUUUGUGUGGUUGCGCUCUACGGCAGAGGUAUCCACGCUGAUACGAUCACAGUUAAUCACAGUUAGUCAUUUCAAUCAAUAAUCUCACCACCCUUAUUAAGAUUCUUAAAGGUGGGGAACACUGAAAAACCAUUUCUGAUUUUAUUUGGUCACUCUGAGUUUUCAUGCAGGCUGAACAUGAAAAUAGUCUCCUACACCUAUCUCCUGCUUCAGCUUCUGAUAGAAAAUAAACGGUGAAACUCUAGGAUUAGAAAAUCCUGACAGAUCUACGUCACACUGUCACUUGGCAUUCGUGGACUUCAUCUUUACUUGUGAUGGAAAAGGCUGUUGUUGGUUUAACGUCCAGGAAACAACAGUAGAAGCUAAGCAUUAGCAUUAGCAACUCCACCAUACAGCAGAACUCCUCCAGACUUGAGUUAUUUGUGGAGAUAAAACAUCCAUGUUGCGUAGCAAACAGAGUCAGUGGUAGAGUUGCAUUGUUGUCAACCAAUCAGAGGUGAGAUGUCCUAAUAUCAGGAAAUGAGUCCACAUCCUGCCGUCUGAAGUUCAAUUCUCAUGUGGCAGCUUUCUAGUUCCUGAAAUGGGCGCACCGGAGCUUUAUUUCCCCAGAGUACUUCUUACAAGGCAUUCAUCCCUACUAGAGACCACUGCAGAUUCUUAAUUAAACCAAUGCUCCAAACCUUUAAAAUGAGUAACUUUAUGCCACACGAUGCAUUCAUGUGUAGUCAGACAUUUAAGACUCAUUCUUGCAAAUCAAUGCCACCUUUUUAGAUCCACUCCAGGAUGCGGAUAGAUUCAGCGAUGUUUUCUGUUGUUUUCCGCAUCAGGAGCUGAUCUUCUUGGAGGUUGGUUUACAUCCUCUUGUACGACCAGAGUAGUUCUUCCACUACGCCACUACGACAGAAAGAGAAAAUGCGACACAAACUAUGGCCGAAAUCACCUUCAGGUUCUUCAGUAGGCUCCAAAUGGGUCUGGUCUAAUGUCAGGUGUAGAGAAACAUCCAACAGUCAUAAUUGUCAAACAGAAACAACAUUUAAAACUAAAACAGAAAAAGUGAGUCCAUUUGAUGGUCAAACAGAACCUCUACAGCAGCAGAAACUCUGACCAUUACUCACCAACAGAACAUUCGCAGUGAAGUCAGAAACCGUUUUAUCAAAUCGAAUCAAAUCAACUUUAUUUAUAUAGCACUUUUCAUACAAAAAAUAAAUAAAAUACAACUCAAAGAGCUUCACAGAUUAAAAUGGCCCCAUAGAUCCCAUAUUCCCAUCCCAGCCCCCUCCCCAAAUAUAAAACAAUUGACAAUUACACUUCCCCUCCUGCAACCAAUUUCCAAGGUGAACGCACACUCACCACACACACACACACACACACACACACACACACACACACACACACACACACACACACACACACACACACACACACACACACACACACACACA